GUGUGUGUGUGUGUGUGUGUUGCGGCGCAUUCUUAAUAUCGUUACAACAGAAUACAACAACGGUGGAACGAGCGUUACAAUCCAUAGAUUUUCUAUUUCUCACGAGUAGAAUACGAUACAGAUACGGAUUAAACGCAUCGGUCAAUUUCAUCGACACUUUCAUCUCGUCUGUCGAUGAUACUAUUUUAGACACGUACGUACAGGUGCGAGCGUUGGCGGGCGAACGAUUCGCCAACCACGCUUGCGCUUAUCUUUCCCAGACAACCACUACCAGAGUACUCGUAUCCGUUCCAUCGUUUAUAAACCCGUGCCAAUGCAAACGGGGAAUGCAAACGAACUCUAAUAAAUUCUAAUAAUUCUGUUUGCUCGACAACGAACGUCGUUUCGUUGUUUAAAUCGCGAUCAUCGAUUGGAUAAGGCCGUUCAUCAAUCAUGUAGGGCAGCUUACGAGCUUGACAAUCUUAGAACAUUGUAAGAAGUCUUUCUUAGACUUGUAAAUGUACAUAUAUGGACAUUGCGUAUGCAAACAAGUACGUAAACUGAAAGUGAAAUUGUAUGAAUCGACGACAAAGCGAUAUUUAUUUUAAAUCCGUAACAAUCGUGAUACUAUUAUUUAUUGAAUACGCGGAUACCUGGAAUUGGAACUAGCGUGUAAUAUCUACGAAUACAUGGUAUCAAAUUUGUAAAUAAAUCUUAUAUAUUGCUAAAUUAAAAAGCUAGCUCGAUACGUUAACGAGGUUAUGUGAUCUCAACCUUUCUCCGCAUACGCUCGUUCGAAGCAAUAAUCGUCUUUCCUUUGAAAAGAAAUCUGUAGAUGGCGAAGUAGACGGUGAUGCAGUGCGCAUGCGCUACUACAGACAUACACACACAUAUAUAUACGCACUUGCAUCCUCCCGUUUUGAAAAGUUGCACGUCCGUUGAAAGCAAGUACGUUUCAAUUUGAUCUUUCAAUCUUUCAGUAGAGGGCAAUAUGAACGUAAUAAGAACUGAAACAGCUUUAAAAUCACAGAGGACGAAACAACAUGGGACACAAUUCCGGCAACAGUUUAAUGUGCCGUUGACGAAACGUCNNUUGAAAUUUGGUAUGAAGGCGAAGCGGAGAACAAAUUGCAAGUUGGCAACCACCACUUCCACCUUGCAUUCGAAAACUCCAAAAUUUCGUAAUGUCGCAAUGUCGUCCUCUCUGCGAACGAGUACGUCUCGCAACUGCGUCUCCAGCCAUAACGACCGGCCGAGGUGAUGCGAGAUCAGAAGUCGGAAUAGCUUCGCUCGACAUCCGAUGCCCACAUUUGAUUCUUUGUCAAAUCAGCGAUUCUCAGACUUAUGUCAGCGCGUUGAGCAAAUUGUACCUGUUCGAUCCCAUUGAAAUUUUGAUGCCGGACACCAUGUGUGAAUGUACCACGGGUAAAAGCGUCCUUUAUCGUUCGAUGAUGGACAAGUUUCCCGAAACAGAGCCAACACCGAUAUCUCGUGUACACUUUAACGACACGAUCGGUUUCGAACGAAUCAAGUCGCUGUGCAACCCUGAAUACUCCUCGGUGGAAUUAUUUGUUAAACAAAAAUAUUACGCGUUGGCCGCAGCCGCAGCACUACUGAAAUACGUCGAGUACGCUCAACGAAUUAUUUACGCGCCAAAAUCGAUGAAAAUCGAAUUUCACGGAUCGCCAAACGCUGCUACGAUAGAUUUGGAAAGUGCACGAAGCUUGGAGUUGGUCCAGUCACAAUGUGGUCAGCGAAAUGUCAGUUUAUUGGGUAGCUUGGAUCGUUGUUUAACACCAAUGGGUAGAAAGCUGUUACGCGCAAACAUACUUCAACCUUGUUGCGAAGAACGCGCAAUUCUCGAGCGACAAGCCGCCGUUGCCGAGCUGGUAGCCAACUGUUCGUUGCGUGCAUUAAUCCAGCCCGUCGUACGACGACUUUAUGGCGCCGACAGACUUUUAAUUUUAUCGACGACACCUGUUCUGCACGAAAACAGCGUGCAAACUGCUGAACAGAAUCUAAAUUAUGUUUUGUUGUUGAAGAAUUUAUUGGACGUCGUGCCUGAACUUGAAAAGAUAUUGUCAACUGGUGAGAGUGGCCUCUUGUCUAAAAUCCAAAAGAAACUAAAAAAUGACGAAUUUCGGCUGAUGCGAGAAAGAAUCGUUGAAACUAUACAUCCAGAUGCGAGAUCCGUAACUGGAUACACGUCCUCGAACAUGCAACGUUGCUUCGCCAUCAGAGCGGGCAUUAACGACUUGUUAGAUAUCGCCCGACAGACAUAUUGCGAGUUGAUCGACGAUAUGAAAAGUCAGUACGGAGAAACAAACGAGUGUACACAAUGACUACCAAUGCGCUCGCAACGUUGAGUCAACAGUGUAAAAUUGCUUGCGAAGAAUUGCACUUGAUGAGUAACGUACUGCUGCACGACCUGCUACAGAGUAUUCGAGAAUACAUUGGCUGUUUGUUCCAACUGAGUGCGGAUAUCGCAGAGUUAGACCUGAUAGCAUCCCUUGCUCAAGUCAGUUCACUUCCAACGUAUACGAGACCAUCCUUCGGAUCCAAAUUGGAAUUGCUCGAUUCCAGACAUCCAGUAAUGGAUGUUGUUGGUUUCGAUGGCCCCGUACCGAAUAACGUGAGUGCGUCGAUACCUGAGAACCUAUGUGUAAUAUCUGGACCCAACAUGAGCGGCAAAUCAACUUAUCUGAAACAAAUUGUCUUGCUGCAUAUAAUGGCGCAACUUGGUUGUUUCGUGCCAGCCAAGAAGGCAAUGUUUCGUAUAACAGAUCUCAUUUUUUGUAAAAUAGCCAUUCGCGAUGAUAUCGAAUGCAACGCUUCCACGUUUGCCCUCGAAAUGAAAGAAGCGCAAUACAUUUUACGAUCUGUUACGGCAACUUCGCUCAUCGUUUUCGACGAGUUGUGCAAGGGUACCGCCAUCGAAGAAGGGGCUUCACUCGCGUGGGCUACCUGCGAAAAACUGUUGAAUACGACUGCUUUUAUCUUUGCUGCAACUCAUUUUACUUACCUGACGAAAUUAGCGGAUCUCUACUGCAACGUGACAAACCGAUAUUUCGAAACGUCGAUGAACGCUCGAGGCUCGGAAGCUGAUAACAUCCAUCGUCGAUUAACUUACACGCAUCGGUUAAAAUCCGGUGUGGCUCAUUCCGACGAUUACGGUAUCGUUCUAGCUGAAUUAUCUGGCUUGCCAAAGUCCGUUACGGAGAAGGCACGAAAAUACGCUUCCGAACAACUGGUUACAACGAAUCAAGUUACAACGAAAUCGAAUUCACGGGGCAAAAAAAAAUGUUACAACGUUCUGGUUAGACUGCACGAGCUUCUGGAAACUGAUGAAUUCCAUCGGGAACAAGUGAUAUCGCUUGUCCGAUGUUUUGUAAAACUCUGGAAGCAAGAGAGUGGCGAAUACACUGCACAAGAAGAUGGGAAAACGACAAGUGAAAUCGAUAUCGAUAUGCGGAAAGAUAGUGAAAGUGAUAUCUCCGUUACGGAGAGAAAGGAUGAAAACGAUGAAAACGAUGAAAACGAUGAGACAUUUGGUGAAAAUGCACGGAGAAUGAAUAGCGGUAAUGGGACACGGAGGAAAGAGAAGGAGAAUGAAUACGCGGAGGAGAGUGUUGUCGUACCUGAUAGAUCGGAUGUGAUAAAUUUCGGAAUAAAUUUCGGAAAUGAAAGGGAACAACGUACGUAUGGGAAUGUAAUUUAUACGGACAACGAAUCGAAAGAGAUUCCUGUUGUCUCAUCUAAUGCCGCGUUUAUCGAUGAAAGUGGCAAAUCACGUAACGAAUCAUCGGACGCGUCGUUGAAUUGGAUCGACCGUAGAUCCUAUUCAGCAGCACCAGUUGACAAAUCUGACGAAACUUUAUCAUUGUCGGACAACGUAAAAUCCAUAUUUCGUAAAAACUUGGAAAAAUCUUAUAGUUCCACGUGCUCGACUAUCCAUAGAACCACUUCGUCUGUAUCUUCGUUUCUUUCAGCCGAGUUAUCGCCAGUGCAAAUGUCGAUAUCAACGGUUGAAAAAUCAACUUCAGAAUUAUACGAAUACUGUCUCUCGGAUGAUGAUUUCUUCGAUACGUUUUCACACGUUUCAGCCGUGUACAAAUCAAUCGAUGAUUAACGAAAAACUUUAAGUGAGCCUCGAGUCAAACAUAAGCAUACCCGUGUGUAUCUUUCGUCCUAUUUUUCCUUUAUGAUUUCUAUCUUACUUCUAUCUUUCUUUCGUGUAUAUUUAAGAGCGAGUAGAAUACAAUUGAUCGUUUCUGAUCUUUCUAUUCUUUCUAUAUUUAUAGAAUCAAGGAUAA